AUGUUCUUGACUUUGGCGCUUUUGCGGAAGGGAAUCCCAGGAAAGCAGUGGAUCGGGAAGUACCGUCGACCACGGGUAGUCACCUGGCAGAUAAGACGCAAUGUGAUUAAACGCCUGGAACAGGAAGCCGAGAAUGAAUACUGGAUCAGCCGGCCAUUCAUGACGCAGGAACAGGAGCAAGGCCACGCAGCACAGAGGCGGGAGUGGAUGUGGCAACAAAUCAAAGCUACACGACAAGCCAAGUUUCCUGAACACAAAUACAUUGCAGACCAACUAAACCACCUGAAAAUCACCAAGACCUGGCCCAGCUAA